AUGGGCCAAGACAGCACCGAAAACCGCCAAACAACCGCCGUCGCCGGCGGCAGCAGCGCCGAACCAACACCCGCCAACAAGGAAACCAGCUGGGGCGAGAAAGCAUUCGGCAGCGGCAGUUCCGACUCCAGCGAGGGUAUCGGACACGCAGCUGCCCCAAACCCCGCCUCAACAAUGGGCUCCUUCCUCGGUCUAGACGACCAGAAGACCCGCGCGCAGACAAAGUACCUGCAGCGUGCGAACCAGGUCGGUGAGGUUGAGGGGGAUUCGGCUGGUGGUCCUUCGGAGGAUCCGAGCUUUAUGCGGCAUAAGGCUGGGGAUCCGGAUACGUAUCCGGGUUGGAAUACCGUUAAGAAUAUUGCUGGCGGGAUUGAUGAGAUUUGA